AAAAAUUUAUUAUUUUUAUAGUUGGUCGGACCAAAUUCGUUUUAAAGUCUUACCGUCUUGGUAGUUUAGCACGUAGUUAGAUUUAGGCUUUGAAAUGAAAGAAAUAUUUCAAUUACCUGAUACUUUGCCCAUAUUCUUUGAAUCCGAUUCAUCCGAAAAAGUGUUUAUAGAAUUCAACGGCGAAGACGUUUUAUAUAUCAUCGGGGCUAUCGACGUCCACGUUUUGGAAGGGAUUAUAGAACCAUGGGGUUAUACGAUGACCGUGGAUAGUCCUAAGACUACAUUGUACUCUUCGGGAUUGCACGGAUUGAUUUCUAUUAGUUCGGCCGACGGACAAAAAGCAGUUGUUGUGCUGGAGAAGAGCAGCCAAUCCAGCAAAUGGAAAACAUUUAUGAAUAAUUAUGUUCCCAAUUACAACAUGUUUGACACUAGUGGAACUAGAUUGACUCCUCCAAAACGUUUACUUGAACUAGAAGAGCAAUUAGGUUGUUUGUUUGAUCUGAGUAAGACUCCGAUGUCAAAUCAAAGGCUUGUGAUGAAUGAACAAUAUCAACAUUUCUGUGAUGAACUCCUCGAACGUCCUAUUGGGUCCUCUACAGAAUCAAUCAGAAUUAUGUUGGCUGGGUACAAAAAUUCUGGAAAAUCAACAAUGAUGCGGUAUUUUAUAAAUAAAUGUCUUAAGAAGUGGAACAGAAUAUUAGUAUUGGACUUUGAUAUUGGCCAAAGUGAAUUUUUCAUACCUGGAUGUAUUUCAGCAUUUGUUAUUGAUAAACCAUUACUUGGACCAAAUUAUACACAUUUAAUGCAACCUUUAAAAUCAUAUUUUUUUGGGAGCAAUGAUGUUAUGACUAAUGUACCACUUUACAAUGAGAUUGUUAAAAAAAUAAUCAACGAUAUCAAUACUGAUGAGUUGCAACUAAUGCCUUGUUUUAUUAACACCAUGGGAUUUGUUGAAGGAGCAGGUCUCAAGAUCUUACAUAAUCUUAUAUCUGAAACUAAACCAUCUGAUGUAUUACAGAUUAAAUUCAAUGACAACCAAGAGUUAAAUUUGCAUUCAGAAAUUGUAAAUGACAAUACAAAAUCUUCUUUGUCAUACAACCUUUGGUAUUUUACGUCUACUGUUAAAAAUAAGUUUGCUAAGGCUCCUUAUUCACCAAACAUUAAUAAGCACAUUAGGCAACAAUUGGUAACAUCAUCCUACUUCAGCAAAUGUUUGGAAAGUACAGAUAUCUAUUUUAAUGAUGUUGUCCCAUACAAAAUAAACAUCCGAAAUAUUAAUAUCCAAAUAAAGGAUGUUGAUGAUUUAACCCAAGAUGAAUCUUUAGAUAUAAUUAACGCUAAUGUGUUGGCCCUGUGUGUGGCCAAUAACACAGAAUUAUGUGAAUGUGUUGGAUUUGGUGUUGUCCGUGCUGUAAAUAAAUCUACUGGUGACAUAUUUAUAACUACUCCUGUAACACCAGAUGUAUUGAGACAUGUCAAUCAGUUAAGACUUGGUAACGUAAAUUUGCCAUACACAUUCUAUACAGAAGGUACAGAAAAUCCAAAAUAUGUUAGUGCAAAGCAGGACAGCAUAUUAAAUGAGAAGGUUGCUAGACAUUAUAAAGUGAUGUAAUGAAUGUUUUAAUAAUAAUUGUUCUUUAUCAAAUAUUGAAAAUAAUAAUAAAAAAAUAACAAAAAUAAGUGAGA